CCCCUCCCAAGGAUAAAAUUCAUUUUAUCAAUGUUUCGGAAAAAUUUUUAACUAAUUUACCAAUUUUCGUAUUCUCUUAUACUUGUCACCAAAAUACUUUUUCAAUAUACAAUGAAUUGAAAAACAAUGCUCAAACUAAUAUUAACUCGGUAAUCCUUACCUCCAUCGGUGUUUCUGCUAUUAUAUAUCAGAUUAUUGGUGUAUUAGGUUAUUUGAGUUUUGGAGACGAUGUUUGGCCUAAUAUCAUCGCAAUGU